AAAAUUGAUUAAAUAAUAAUUGCAAAUUGAAGAAAAAUUUUAUUUUAAAACGGUCGUAAAUCGACCGAAAAGCCCGUUUUUCGCAGAGCGGUGCCAAAUUUGCUUCUUCUCACCUUUCACACUCAUAAAACGAUUUACAGUGCAAACAUAUAGCUUACUUAUCCAAAUAUUAAUGAGCAAACAUUUUUUUGAAUAAAUUAAAUGACUUUUAUUGUUUCAAUGUUACAAAUACAUUGAAAACCUUUCGUCGUACCUGUCAAGAUUACGACAAGAGAAAUAAAGUAGAGUUUAAUGUUAUUGUAUCAGGUGUUAGAUUUACAAUGUUAGAAUUUUUUGAGUUCGAUUAGUCGUCAAAAUGUUGCCCCAAAAACUGUUGUUUUAUUCAGUGUUGCCUAUCUUGGUCCUAAUCUUCCACCCACUGUACACCCAAAACAACACUUGCAGAACAUAUUUUGACUACAUUAACAUUUUUACGGGUGAUUGUUACUACAAUCCCGACAUUGACAGUGAUUCUGUUCAAGUGAUUCAACGGUAUAUAGGAAUUCACGAAGAACACACACUUCAAACUGAUGAUGGCUACAUUUUGACACUCAUCCGAAUUCCGCGAAAAAACGCCAAAGAAGUCAUUUUACUGCAACACUCGUUUCUUGCAGAUUCGAAAAUCUGGGUGUCUCAAUUUAACGAAUCGGUGGCUUUUUUAUUUUGGAGAGCUGGUUUCGAUGUCUGGUUGAGUAACUCAAGAGGGACUUUCUACUCUCAGAAACAUGUCACAUUGAACAUAAAUAAUCCAUCAUUUUGGAAUUACAGUUUCCAUGAAUUGGGCUAUUACGACCUCUCAGCCCAAACUAAGUACAUUACAAGGGCGACACAAAGGGCCAAAAUUGUUUACUUGGGGUAUUCGAUGGGUGGUACCAUUGGGUUGGUCUAUGGUAGUACCAAGCCGGAAGAAGCGGCCCACUUGAUCAAAUUGGCGAUUCUGAUAGCGCCAUGUUCUCAUUUCAGUCCAUCGGAAAAUCUUCUCAAAUUUUUCGUCCCGCUUUAUUGCAAGAUUCAUGAGUUUUCCCGAAGUGAAGUUACGGCCAAAAUUAUGCCUUCUGUCAACUGGCAAUGGAAAAUCUACAAAGGUUUUCACUUUGUAUUUCCAUUCAAAAAAUCGCUGGCUUAUAUUAUUGGCUUGAUUCAUGGCUGGACCCCAGAUGAGUCCGAUCCGAAAUUUAGCCAUGCUCUGUUGGCUUGUAUUCGAAGUGCAGUCCCUCUAAAGCUGGUACUUCAUUACACGCAAAUUUACAAGUCCGGUGGCCAUCUCCUGAUGUAUGAUUACGGCGAUAAAAAUUUGGAACUGUACGGACAGAAAGAGCCUCCUUUGUAUCCGCUUGACAAAAUCAAAGUUCCAAUUUUUUUGAUUCACAGUCUGAAUGAUUUACUUUCAACACCAGAUGACAAUGAAUAUUUGUACAGUCUCCUCUCUGAUGAUGUAAAAAUUUAUGGAAAAUUAAAAAUUGAAGGAUUGAACCACGCCGAUUUUGCGUUUGGCCGGCACAGAAAUGAGCGAGUUUAUGAGAAAAUCCUUGAGUUGUUAAAACGAAUUGAUUAAUCCGUAAUUGUAAUUAGGUUAAUUUAUCCAAUUACCAUUAGCCAAAUUAAUGCAAGAUUUGACCUUUCUACGACUUGCUCUAAUAGAAUCACUCGUACAAAAAUAUGCGUAAUUGCUCGAAUAAUUAUAAUUAGUUAAAUAACAAGCUUUGUUUUUUGAUAAUGGGCUUGUAGGUUAAUGGCGUAAGCUAAUAAAUAAUAAUAGUGUUUUC